CGGAAGAACUGCCCGCAGCCGGCGCUUAAAGGGUCGGGAAUGGGGGUUCCGACACCGCCUAGUUUGCUCUGCGUUCACUGAGUCUCGGCCACCGCCGCGCUGUCGUCGCGGCCUCCACCCCCUCCCUUCUCCGCCCGCCCGCACCGCCCCCCAGAGCCGGCUGGCCGGGACCGAGCAAGGACAGAGUUCUCGCCAUGCCGACCCGGCUGCUGCCACUGCUGCUGGCGCUUCUGCUGCCCGGCCCCAGGAGUUUUGGAAGUCCCAGCACAGUGACGCUUCCCGAGACCUUGUUGUUUGUGUCGACCCUGGACGGGAGUUUGCAUGCUGUCAGCAAGAGGACAGGCUCGAUCAAAUGGACUUUAAAAGAAGAUCCAGUUCUGCAGGUCCCAACACACGUGGAAGAGCCUGCCUUCCUCCCAGACCCCAAUGACGGCAGCCUCUACACACUUGGGGGCAAGAAUAACGAAGGCCUGACGAAACUUCCCUUUACCAUUCCGGAGUUGGUUCAGGCAUCCCCAUGCCGGAGUUCAGAUGGGAUCCUCUACAUGGGUAAAAAGCAGGACAUUUGGUAUGUCAUCGACCUUCUGACCGGAGAGAAGCAGCAGACUUUGUCGUCGACCUUUGCAGAUAGUCUCUGCCCUUCGACCUCUCUUCUGUAUCUUGGGCGAACAGAAUACACCAUCACCAUGUACGACACCAAGACCCGAGAGCUCCGGUGGAAUGCCACCUACUUUGACUACGCGGCCGCCCUGCCCGAGGACGACGUAGACUACAAGAUGUCCCACUUUGUGUCCAAUGGCGACGGGCUGGUGGUGACUGUGGACAGCGAAUCAGGUGACGUCCUGUGGAUCCAGAACUAUGCGUCCCCCGUGGUGGCCUUUUAUGUCUGGCAGCGGGAGGGCCUGCGGAAGGUGGUGCACGUCAACGUGGCGGUGGAGACCCUGCGCUACCUGACCUUCAUGUCCGGGGAGGUGGGGCGCAUCACCAAGUGGAAGUACCCCUUCCCCAAGGAGACGGAGGCCAAGAGCAAGCUGACGCCCACCCUGUAUGUUGGGAAAUACUCAACUAGCCUCUACGCCUCCCCCUCGAUGGUCCACGAGGGUGUCGCUGUGGUGCCCCGAGGCAGCACCCUUCCUUUGCUGGAAGGUCCCCAGACAGAUGGUGUCACCAUUGGGGACAAAGGGGAGUGUGUGAUCACACCCAGCACGGACCUGAAGUUUAACCCUGGGCUCAAAGGAAAGAACAAGCUCAACUACCUGAGGAACUACUGGCUUCUGAUUGGGCACCACGAAACCCCGCUGUCUGCGUCUACCAAGAUGCUGGAGAGGUUCCCCAACAAUCUGCCCAGACACCGGGAAAAUGUCAUUCCUGCGGACUCAGAGAAAAAGAGCUUUGAGGAAGUCAUCCACCUGGUUGAUCAGAAUUCGGAGAAUGCGCCCACCACCAUCUCUCAGGAUGUGGAGGAAGAAGAGUUCGCUCACGCCCCCGCCAAGCCCGAGGCCCCCAUGGACUCCGUGCUCAAGGACAUAGCCACCAUCAUCCUGAGCACCUUCCUGCUCAUCGGCUGGGUGGCCUUCAUCAUCACCUACCCCCUGAGCAUGCAUCAACAGCAGCAGCUCCAGCACCGACAGUUCCAGAAGGAACUGGAGAGAAUCCAGCUCCUGCACCAGCAGCAGCUGCCCUUCCACGCACCUGGAGACGUGGCUCAGGACACCGAGCUCCUGGACUCGCCCGGCCUGUACUCGGAGAGCUCGGGCACCAGCAGCCCCAGCCUGUCCCCCAGAGCCUCCAACCACUCGCUCCACUCCAGCAGCUCUGCCUCCAAGGCCGGCGCCGGCCCCUUUCUGGACCAGGAUGACGAGGACGAGGAAACCAGCACGGUGAUGGUGGGAAAAAUCUCAUUCUACCCCAAGGAUGUUCUGGGCCACGGAGCCGAGGGCACCAUUGUGUACCGGGGCAUGUUCGACAACCGUGACGUGGCGGUCAAGAGGAUCCUCCCCGAGUGCUUCAGUUUCGCCGACCGGGAGGUCCAGCUGCUGCGGGAGUCCGACGAGCACCCGAAUGUGAUCCGUUACUUCUGCACGGAGAGGGACCGGCAGUUCCAGUACAUCGCCAUCGAGCUGUGCGCGGCCACGCUGCAGGAGUACGUGGAGCAGAAAGACUUUGCCCACCUCGGCCUGGAGCCCAUCACCUUGCUGCAGCAGACCACCUCGGGGCUGGCCCACCUGCACUCCCUCAACAUUGUCCACAGAGACCUGAAGCCCCACAACAUCCUCCUCUCCAUGCCCAAUGCACAUGGCAAGAUUAAGGCCAUGAUCUCCGACUUCGGCCUCUGCAAGAAGCUGGCAGUGGGCAGGCACAGCUUCAGCCGCCGUUCAGGGGUGCCUGGCACAGAAGGCUGGAUCGCUCCGGAGAUGCUGAGUGAGGACUGCAAGGAGAACCCCACCUACACAGUGGACAUCUUCUCUGCUGGCUGCGUCUUCUACUACGUGGUCUCUGAGGGCAGCCACCCGUUCGGCAAGUCCCUGCAGCGGCAGGCCAACAUCCUCCUGGGCGCCUACAGCCUCGACUGCUUACACCCCGAGAAGCACGAAGAUGUCAUUGCCCGGGAGUUAAUAGAGAAGAUGAUCGCGAUGGAUCCUCAGAAGCGCCCGUCAGCCAAACACGUGCUGAAACACCCGUUCUUCUGGAGCCUGGAGAAGCAGCUGCAGUUCUUCCAGGACGUGAGUGACCGAAUAGAAAAGGAGUCCCUGGACGGCCCGAUCGUGAAGCAGCUGGAGAGAGGCGGGAAGGCUGUGGUGAAGCUGGACUGGCGGGAGAACAUCACCGUCCCCCUGCAGACAGAUCUGCGUAAAUUCAGAAGCUACAAAGGCGGCUCCGUCAGAGACCUCCUCCGAGCCAUGAGAAAUAAGAAGCACCACUACCGGGAGCUCCCCGCGGAGGUGCGGGAGACGCUGGGCUCCCUGCCUGACGACUUCGUGCGCUACUUCACGUCGCGCUUCCCCCACCUCCUCUCCCACACCUACCGGGCCAUGGAGCUGUGCAGCCAAGAGAGGCUCUUCCAGCCCUACUACUUCCACCCACCCCCGGAGCCUCAGCCCCCCCGGACUCCAGACGCCCUCUGAGCCAGGGCGGCCGCUGCUCUGGUGGCCCCGCUGUGACUGAGGGCCUGACCCCACUUAGCAGGGAGACCAAGCUCCCAAGCCCAGUGCCUUGAGCUGCCCGCUCUGCAGCCAGCAGAGGAGGGUGCUGACCCCAGGGAGGGGGAGAGGCGGCCCCCCUGACCUGCAGGAAGCUGGGGAGACGGCGGCUGCGAAAGCUUUACCAUCAGGGCCCCUCCCCCUCCUCCUGGAUAAACUUGCUUCGGACUCUGUUUCUUUCUAAACUUCCUGUUUGAUGUCAGCCAAUGGGCCUUUAAGGAAGAGAGAGGAAGACACCCCGAGUUCUGCUGGGACCUGGAGCAUCUCUGCGGGGCCCCAAGUGCAGCCUCUGCUAGAACCGGGGCUCGAGAGGUGAGCGGUGCCGCAGAGGAGGAGGACGUUCAGGGGUGUCGUCCCGGGGACAGAUCACCGAUGGCCGACACAAGUGUGCGCAGACAGCUCCGGUCACUCUAACCAGUGUUUCCCCCGGGGACAGCGAGAGCCUUGAGCAUGGGGGACAGUGUUGGGACGGGUCAGCAUCGCACGCCGGGAAGUGAGGCCCUGUCUGCAGGUCUCAGGAGUGAAGAAGAUGCUCUGUUCUGAGGCAGCAGCAGCCCAAUGUACCAGGGGCCUGAUGGUGGCUUUUCGGUGGCUUUGUGCCUGGACCAUGUAGGGAUGUUUAAGGGCAUUUGGGGGCAAGACGUGAUCAUUCAUUCCCAGGCCAUUGAGGAACCCAGGCAGGGACGGGCCUUUGGGACCGGAGCGGUGCAUGGGCCUCAUGGGUCACCUGGCCACCCUGGGAGAGCCCUGGGCCAGAGGGCAGGCGAUGGUGUUUCCCUGUCCCUGGAACCGGCAGGAUAGGCCGAGGGGUUAGGCAAGGCCAGGGUCUCCACGUACUUCGUGGGCAGGAUUUUAUGUUUUUCUUGGCAGAUUUUAAUAACUUUAUAUUUUGAUCAUACUGUAGAAUGCUACAUUAGCACAGGUAAGCAGAACUGAACUUGAAGCUUACUCAUGAAGAAGAAAUGCAAUACAGCUACUCUGUGUGGUACCCAGAGCCCCCAUCCCGCCCCCCACCAGAAAGAGUGUUCGUAUUCAGGACAUUCUCUAAUGCUGAUGAAGAGUAAAGCGUCAUGGCGACGCUAGACACAUGUGUUAGACAACUUCAAAGUAAUAGUCCUUAAAUUAUGUCAGUCCCAUUUUCUCUCCUAAAUUUAAUGUAAUUGGUCAUUUUAGUUUUAGUCAGGAAUCCUAUCUUUUCUCCACCGAGAGCCUUAGAGGUUAUAUGCAGUCAGGGUACCACGUCAGGGAGCGUGUUCGGUGUGCUUCUCCAGGUGGGUGAGUGGUCGCCGUGGUUCGGUCCAGGGAAGCUCAGUGUUGCUGUCAAGUUUCUGUGGCCGACGGGAGUCACUGUUUCUCCUCGUGAGGUGUCUGGGGGUGGGGUGUGUGUG